AUGACGUCAUUAAUUUCAGUCGAAAAGUAUCACCACGAAUUGGAUGCCAUAGUGGGCGAAGCAAUGACCAACUUUCGAAGCUUGAUAAGAAUGGAAUAUGCAGGAAUCUAUAACACGGAUAAAACAGAGGAGGAACGAAUGGUUCACAUGAAAGAACUCUGCCAGGAAGUUCAGCAGCAUAUUGCCACGAAGAAAGAUAAUAUGCUCAGCAAGUUGCGAGAACAGAAAGACUCUUAG